GUUUAUAAUACGCGACGCCGAUGAGAUAAUAAGUACUGCUUUAUUUUAUUUGUAAUUUCAUUUAAUUAUUUCAAUUACAAUAUUUAUAAAUUAUUUAAUCACAUCAUUUGUGUAAACAUAUUUUCGUCAUAGAAAUAUAAUUAAUUAUAUUUAUUAAUUUCACUUUAAACUUCGAGUGUAAUCGACAAUGAUCGUAAUCUGAUUUCGAGAUAAGCAAUCGGAAGCGAGAAGGGAAUAGAGAAGAUUGUGGAGAGAACAAAGCCCGCAUAGCUUCGGAAGGAUCCUUCUUAGUUCAACGAUUGUUGUUGUGUAGGACGAGUAAUCUGAAAAAGUGUUUUCAAAAUAAAAAUUUUACAUUUGAUAUUUUCAUUCUCUUCAACUAUAAUACAUUAUUUAUAUUUUUAAAUAAUGGCUGACUAUUUUGAGUCUGAAACAGAUGAAAGUGAGCAAGAGGAGAUGCACGAAAAUAAUGAUGAAGGAAUAAACCGUCGAAGGAAAGGUAAAUUGAAAAGGGCAUUUGAAGACAGUGAGGAGGAAGAAGAAGAUGACGAGGAGAAAUUGCGACAUGAGAUGCAAGACUUAAUUGACGAUAAUCAUUUUGAAGAAAGUGAAGGUGAAGAUAGUGAUAUAUCUGACAAUCCGAGAAAGAGGAAAAAAAGUGAUGAUGAAGAUUUCGAUGAUAGGCUUGAAGAUGAUGAUUACGAUCUUAUUGAAGAGAAUCUUGGUAUCACUGUGGAAAGGAAACGUUUUAGAAGAUUGAAACGAAUGAAAGUUGUGGAAUCAGAUGACAAUGAAGAACAAAGGGUCAGUGAAGAAAGAGAAGCAAUAGCCAAUGAGCUUUUUGAAGAAGGUUCAGGAGAUGAAAAUAAAAGGAGGAGUGAAAGAAACCAUAGAAAAGAACCUGAGGUACUCGAAGUAGAAGAAAGUGAAGGAGAAUAUUCAGAUUCGGAUGAUUUUAUUGUGGACGAUGACGGUCGACCAGUAGCUGAAAGAAGACGGAAAAAGAGAGCAAUGUUUUCUGAUAUUGCUCUUCAAGAGGCUCAGGAUAUUUUUGGCGUUGAUUUUGAUUAUGAUGAGUUUGAGCAAUAUGAAGAUGAAGAUUAUGAAGAAGAGGAAGAUCAAUAUGUCGGAGAAGAGAGCCAAAAAUCACAACGGCCAAAGAAACAACUCAAAAAAAAUACCACAAGAAAAAGCAUUUUUGACAUUUACGAACCAAGUGAGCUAAGACGAGGACAUUUUACGGAUAUAGAUAAUGAAAUUCGUAAUACUGAUAUUCCAGAAAGAAUGCAAUUACGUUCAACGCCAAUCAUUCCAGUCCUUGAAGGUUCUGAUGAAUUAGAUGACGAAGCAGAAUGGAUUUACCAACAAGCAUUUUGUCGUUCAAAGAUUUGUUCACAAGACUCUUUCGACGAUGAAGUAAAUAAUCAAUCUCAAAAAGGCCCUCAGACCGUAGCCAAAAUUAAAAAAGCAUUAGAUUUUAUGAGAAAUCAAAAUUUCGAAGUACCAUUUAUUUCAUUUUAUAGAAAAGAGUAUGUUAAUCCGGAAUUAAACAUUAAUGAUCUGUGGAAAGUAUAUAAAUUUGAUGCAAAAUGGUGUCAAUUGAAGCAGAGAAAAGAAAAUUUACUUUCCUUAUUUGAAAAAAUGAGAAGUUUCCAAUUAGACGAGAUUUUGAAAAAUCCUGACGCACCUUUACCAGAUAGUAUUCGAGUUAUUAAAGAGGAUGAUAUAGACCGAGUAAAAAAUAUACAAACUGAAGAAGAAUUAAAAGACGUACACAAUCAUUUUAGGCUUUAUUAUAGCCAUGAAAUUCCAGGUUUGCAAGAAGCUAUUAGAAAAAAAGAAAAAGAGGCUCGGAAACAAGAGAAAAUUCAAAAAAGAAGACAGCAAUUAUUGGAAGCUGAAGAAAAUGGAGAGGAAGUUGAUUUUAUGGAAGAUGUUGAUCUGGAAGAAGAUGAAUCUCAUGAAACUCUGAAACAAGCUGUGAGAACUGGGCCUUAUACUAUUUGUAGAAAAGCUGGUUUAGAUUCCUUUGCCAAGAAAUUUGGUUUAACUCCUGAGGAUUUUGCUGAAAAUCUUCGUGAUAAUUAUCAGCGACACGAAGUAGAUCAAGAGCCUAUUGAUCCUCUCACGUUGGCUCAAAGUUUCAUUGGAAAACAAUUAAAAACUCCAGAAGAAAUCUUAAAAGCAGUUCAGCAAAUGGUAGCUAUGCAAUUAGCUCGUGAACCUCUUGUGAGAAAAUGUAUGAGAGAAAUGUACAUGGAACGAGCAAAAUUAUCAGUAAAACCUACAAAGAAAGGAAUGAAAGAAAUUGAUGAGAAUCAUUCUAUUUAUACUAUGAAAUAUUUAAAAGAUAAACCAAUUCGUGAAUUUCAACAAGAUCAGUUUCUUAAACUGGCCAUGGCUGAAGAGGAUAAAUUGAUCACAAUAAUAUUAAGUGAUGUAAUCGAAGGACAUACUAGCAACAAUUACAUUGAGGAGAUAAAACAGUUAUAUAUUAGGGACGAAUUCAGCAAAAAUGUACAAGACUGGAAUAAUUUAAGAAUUGCAAGUCUAGAAAUGGCGAUAAACAAAAUGAUUAUUCCAAAUUUAAAGAAAGAAUUAAAAUCUAGUCUUAUUGCUGAAGCUAAAGAGUAUGUGAUGCAAAUAUGUUGUAGAAAAAUGUUUGAUUGGAUUAAAAUAGCUCCGUUUUCAGUCGAGUUUCCUGAGGAAGUGGACGCAGAAUGGAAUACUAGUAAAGGUAUCCGUGUGAUGGCGAUUUCAUAUGUUCCAGACUAUACUCAAGCAGCAUUUACGUGCAUUAUUGCUCCUGAUAAAGAAUGCACUGAUUUUUUGAAGUUACCUCACUUAUUAAAAAGGAAGAACAGCUUUAGAGAACAUGAAAAAGCUAUGAAAGAAGUUGACUUAUUAGCCAUAAAGAAUUUUAUCUUAGAAAAGAAGCCACAUGUUAUCGUUGUCGGUGGAGAGUCCAAAGAAGCAUUAAUUAUAGUUGAUGAAAUUAAAGAAUGUCUCUCAGAACUUGCUAGUGAGGAACAGUUCCCUCUUAUUCAGGUAGAAAUAAUCGAUAAUGAUUUAGCGAAGGUUUAUGCUAAUAGCAGUAGAGGAAUAUCAGAGUUCAAAGAUUAUCCUGAACUUCUGCGGCAAGCUAUUUCUCUAGCUCGACGAUUUCAAGAUCCUCUUCUAGAAUUUUCACAACUAUGCACACCUGAUAAUGAGAUUUUGUGUCUUAAAUUCCAUCCUCUUCAAGAUCAGUUACCAAAAGAUGAAUUGUUGGAAAAUCUUUACAUAGAAUUUAUUAACAGAGUCAAUGAAGUAGGAGUAGAUCUCAACAAAGCAGUUCAACAACCAUAUGCAAGCAAUCUUCUCCAAUUUGUCUGUGGUUUAGGGCCAAGAAAAAGCCAAACUUUAAUAAAAGUACUUAAACAAACAAAUCAGAGGCUUGAAAAUCGAACUCAACUAGUCACAAUUUGUCAUAUGGGUCCAAAAGUUUUCAUAAAUUGCGCUGGGUUUAUCAAGAUUGACACCAACAGUCUCGGAGAUAGUACUGAAGCUUAUGUUGAAGUGUUAGAUGGCUCGAGAGUUCAUCCUGAAACGUAUGAAUGGGCUAGAAAGAUGGCUGUAGACGCUUUAGAAUAUGAUGAUGAAGAUGGCAAUCCUGCUGGAGCUUUAGAAGAAAUUUUAGAAACUCCAGAAAAAUUAAAAGACUUGGAUUUAGAUGCAUUUGCUGAGGAAUUAGAGAGACAAGGCUUUGGUAAUAAAUCUAUUACAUUAUAUGAUAUCAGAGCUGAGUUAACUGAACGCUAUAAAGAACUUAGAACUAUUUACGAAACUCCUACUCCAGAAAAAUUGUUUGAUAUUUUGACAAAAGAAAGUACGGAAACUUUCUAUAUUGGAAAAUUAAUUUUAGCCGAAGUUAUUAGCAUCAACUAUCGAACACCAGAUAGAGAACAAUUAGAUCAAGCUAAUCCCGUAAAAAAUGAUGAGUCUGGACUAUGGCAAUGUCCAUUUUGUUUGAAAAAAGAUUUUCCUGAAUUGUCUGAAGUCUGGAAUCAUUUUGAUGCUGGAACUUGUCCUGGCAAAGCUACUGGUAUUAGACUUCGUUUAGAUAAUGGAGUUUCUGGAUACAUCCAUAUAAAAAAUUUGUCUGAUAAACAUGUAAAAAAUCCUGAAGAAAGAGUUACAGUCGGUCAAAGUAUUCAUUGUCGUAUUAUUAAAAUUGAUGUUGAACGAUUUAGUGUUGAAUGUACUAGUAAAAGCAGUGAUCUUGCUGAUAAAGAACAUAAAUGGAGACCUACUAAAGAUUCAUUUUAUGAUACAGAAGAGGAACAGAAAGAUAUUAAACGAGAAGAAGAUAUCAAGAAAAUUAAACAAAGGCAGACUUAUGUAAAACGUGUUAUUGUACAUCCUUCUUUCUAUAAUAUUAGUUUUGGAGAAGCAGAAAAACGCAUGAAAACUAUGAAACUCGGAGAAGUAAUCAUAAGACCUAGUAGUAAAGGUUCAGACCACCUUACUGUUACAUGGAAAGUAACUGAAGGUAUUCAUCAACACAUUGAUAUAAGAGAAGAAGGCAAAGCAAAUGCUUUCUCUUUAGGUCAAAGCUUAUGGAUCGGUAAUGAAGAAUUUGAAGACCUGGAUGAAGUUAUUGCGAGAUACGUGAAUCCCAUGGCUGCUUAUGUCUCCGAGUUGCUUGACUACAAAUAUUAUGAAACCGAUGUGAAUGGGAUAAAAGAUAAAGCUGAAGAGCUUUUAAAUGAAAAAAAGAAACAAAAUCCUGGAGGAAUCCCGUAUAUCUUUUCUGCUGCAAAAGAUUAUCCAGGAAAGUUUCUCCUUUCCUAUCUUCCUCGACUUGAAUGUCUACAUGAAUAUAUUUCGGUGGUGCCAGAAGGAUUUAAAUAUCGUGGACAAAUAUUUACUCGUUUUGACAGCUUGGUAAAAUGGUUUAAAGAACAUUUUCGAGAUCCAAUUCCAAUCCAGACUCCCAAAAUUCAACAAUCUGAAAUGGAAGAUAUAAACUCAAAUAUAAUUCAGAGUAUGGAUCAAAAACUUUCUUAUCAUUAUCCUCCUGACACACCAGGAAUAUCGGGAGCUUUUGAAUAUGAAAAUACAACCUCAAAUUCAAAUACUCCGUACACUCCUUCAGCUCAAACUCCAUAUAUGACACCAUAUGAGGCUUCACCGCAUACUCCAUAUAAUUCUGAUGAUAACUCUAGGUACCAAAAGAAAUUUCGUGGUCGCGGUCGUGGACGAGUAUCGAAUCCCAGAGGUCGUGGCAGAGGACGUAGCAAUAUACAGAAUAAAAGAGAUUGGAAUAACUCGGCUAAUAAUGCUUGGUCUACAGGUCAUACAACUACUUCUAAUGAUUGGAAAAACUCUAUCAAUGAUGCUUGGCCAACAGGCAAUACAAUUAAUUCAAAUGCUGAUGAUGCUUGGCCUACAGGUGAUUCGGCUGGUUCGAAUGACUGGAAAAAAUCUGCUGAUGAUGCUUGGUCUACAGGUCAUACAACUACUUCUAAUGAUUGGAAAAAUUCUGCUGAUGAUACAUGGUCUACAAGCAGUACAUCUAGUAGCCGCUAUCGUGAUCGAGAUAAGGGUUGUGGUCGUGGUCGAUCAUCAAAUUUCAGAGGACGUGGUAGAGAACGUGGCAGAGGACGCGGCAGAGAACAAGACAGGGGACGUGGUAGAGGACGUGGCAAUACGCGAAAUAAAACAAAUUGGAAUAACUCGGCUGGUGAUGCUUGGCCCACAAGCAGUGCUACAAAUUCGAACGCCGAUGACUCUUGGCCUACAGGAAAUACAAUUUAUUCGAAUAUUGAUGAUGCUUGGCCUACGGGUGAUACAGCUACUUCUAAUAAUUGGAAGAAUUCUGCCAAUGAUGACUGGCCUACUGGCGAUCCAGUUGGUUCUAAUGAUUGGAAAAAUUCUACCAAUGAUAUUUGGCCAACAGGCAAUACAAUUAAUUCAAAUGCUGAUGAUGCUUGGCCUACAGGUGAAACGGCUAAUUCGAAUGAUUGGAAGAACUCUUCCAGUGAUGAUUGGCCUACUGGAAAUUCGACUACUCCAAAAGACCCAUAUAAUAGUCCGAUAUAUAAUGAUCCAAGAAGACCUCAAAGAUACGGAAAUGAAAGAAGUCGAUCAAAUAAUCGAAAUCGUUAUUCAGGAAGAUCACCAAGCGACACACCAAAUACGAAUUCUAGUCCUCAGAGUAUGUUGCUUGGUAAUGACACUCCUCUCUAUGAUGAGAAAUAAUAUUCUAAAGUUGGUACAAUAAUUUCUUCAAGUUCUUUUAUUUCAAUGUAUCUUUUUUUUUAAUAAAUUUAAUAUUUUGAAAAUUUUUGUAAGAAAAUAAAUAGUAUUUGAUAAGUGAAAUAUACAUAAUGUAAGAUAUUUUCAUAUUUGCAUUUAAAAUGAAACUUUAAAAGAAUGAAACAUAUACAUUUAAGUGUUACAAGUGCAUAUGACAAAUUAUUAAAAUUGUUCACUAUUCUCACGUGGUGAGUUUUUAUAAAAAUAAAAAUGUACUUUCUCCUUAUUA